AUGUUUGCAGCUUUUUUCCAGAUUAUUGUUUGUCAGUGUCAAAACGGUUGGAUUCAUAAUUCUACAUCAUGUUAUUACUUCAGCGAUAAUACGAAGACUUGGGAUACUUCUGCCGCUUCUUGCCAGGCACAUAACGCAGAACUUGCUGUCAUAGAGACAGAUGAAGAGAAUACAUUCAUAUCGUCUGAAAUGGCCAACCUUGGAGGAUUUUUCUGGUUGGAUGGAACAGAUGAAUUUUCUGAAGGACAAUGGGAAUGGGCAUCAACUGGCGAAGCAUUUGAUUAUUCAAAUUGGUUUCCAGGAGAACCAAAUAAUAGUAAUGGUCAGGAAGACUGUCUGCUGACAGGUGGAGUCUACAAAACAUUCUGGAAUGAUUCCCCUUGCUCGAACCAGAUCAAAUAUAUUUGUGAGAAAAAGUUGGAGAAUCCAGUUGUUGGAUAA